AGGGGCGGCUGUGUGUGUGGGGCGGGAGAGGGCGAGCGGCGGGGCGGCGGCCGCCUCGCUCGUACACACCCCGACCGACCGGCAACAGACCCAGCGCCGCAGGAUGCCCGCAGCUCCCGCGGCGAGGGGCUGAGGCGGGCCGGGGCCGCGAGGAGGAGGAGGGAGGAGGAAGGCGGGAGCGGUGCGCGGGGAGGGUGUCGCGCCGUGCCCGCUCUGCGGCUGAGGAUGGCGCCGGUGAGCGAGCAGCUGGCGCCGCAGGGCGCGGGGGACCCCGCCGCCGCCGCCCCCCUACCCGGCCCGCCGGCGGCGACGGUAGCGGAGCCGCGGCGGGAGAACGGCGGCCAAUGGUGCCCCGGCAGCAGCGACGGCCCCGCCGCGCCGGGCGGCGAGAGCGGGGCCGGGUCCCAGGCGGCGACGGAGGCCCCCGGCAGCGCGGGCUGCCCCGGGAGCGCGGCGGCGGCCGAGCCCCCCGAGGGCGGCUGGGGCUGGGUGGUGAUGCUGGCCGCCAUGUGGUGCAACGGCGCCGUCUUCGGCAUCCAGAACUCGUGCGGGGUCCUCUUCGUCUCCAUGCUCCAGCUCUUCGGCGGCGGCGAGGACAAGCAGCUGGCGUUCAAAACAGCAUGGGUGAGCUCUCUUUCUAUGGGGAUGGUCUUCUUCUGUUCUCCAAUAGUCAGCAUAUUCACAGACCUGUUUGGUUGUCGAAAAGUAGCUGUUAUUGGAGCUGCAGUAGGGUUUGUUGGACUCCUUUCAAGUUCUUUUGUAAGCACCAUUGAACCUCUGUAUUUCACCUACGGAAUCUUAUUUGCCUGUGGCUGCUCAUUUGCGUACCAGCCAUCCUUGGUCAUCCUUGGGCACUAUUUCAAGAAACGUCUUGGACUAGUGAAUGGCAUUGUCACAGCAGGCAGCAGCUUGUUCACCGUGUCACUGCCCUUCCUCCUGAGAGUUUUGAUUGAUUCUGUUGGCCUAUACAACACCUUGCGGGUCCUGUGCAUACUUCUGUUUAUUCUGUUCCUGGCUGGCUUUACGUACAAACCCCUUGUUUCCAAUGCCAAAGACAAGGAGGCAGGCAAGAAGGGAAAGUUCAGAUUUCCUCCUGAAAAAAAAAUUUGCAAUUUCUCUGUGUUCAAAGUUCUUAGUUACCGAAUCUGGGCUUUUGGGAUCCCAGCUGCGCUUUUUGGAUACUUUGUGCCUUAUGUUCACUUGAUGAAGCACGUAAAAGACAGAUUUGGUGACAGCGUGCCAGAAGAAGUGCUUCUGCUGUGUCUGGGCAUUACUUCAGGAGUUGGCAGAUUGAUCUUUGGCAGAGUUGCAGAUUAUAUUCCUGGUGCAAAAAAAGUUUAUUUACAGGUGGUCUCAUUCUUCUUUAUUGGCCUGAUGUCUAUGAUGAUUCCACUGUGCAAUGUCUUUGGAGGUCUCAUUGCUGUCUGUCUCUUCAUGGGCCUGUUUGAUGGGUGCUUCAUUUGCAUUAUGGCUCCUAUUGCCUUUGAGCUUGUUGGGGCUCAGGAUGUCUCCCAGGCCAUAGGAUUUCUAUUAGGAUUCAUGUCAAUACCGAUGACAGUGGGUCCACCCAUUGCAGGUUUGCUGCACGAUCGCCUCGGCACCUAUGACAUAGCAUUCUACCUGGCUGGGGUCCCUCCCCUGAUUGGCGGGGCUGUAUUAUGUUUGAUCCCCUGGGUCCAUGAACGGCAGAAAUUAAAAGAAAGAGCAAAACCUGUUGAUGGAGAAACUACUGAGAAAAUGCUGGAAAACGAAACCACUUUGGCGUUGGACACUACAGAAAAGCCAGUCAAAGAAAUGGAAUCUGGUUUUUGAUGCUUUCUUUUCCUGUACCAGCCUGACGUUCUUCUACUGAAGCUAGAUUUGUACUUUUUGGCUGAAGAUACUAUAAGAUACUAAAGAAGUCUUGAACUAUUGCUCAAAUUGCAAAACUGCUAUAAGAAUCUUUUAUACCGUUGAACUUUUUUUUGAUGAGUCGUUGAGUUUGAUUUCAAACCACAUUUUCAAGGUAUUUGAAGUUUUGUAGCAUUAGUGUGUACGUGUGUAGUGAUUCUGUGUGUGAAGAGAAUAUUUUUCUAACUCAUCAGAACCUGUUUCUGGAAGUGGUAAAAGCUGUUUUUGGUUCACUGACCCAGGAUUCUUCAAUAACUUUUAUGGUCCUUUCAAUGCAGGCUCACCGUGGGUGUUUAUACUCAAAAAUGUAGUAGCUCUUAUGACUGAUUUCUUUUGAAGUUUCUCAUGCUGUUUUACAGUCUUACAAUUCUAUAUCAUGAACAUGAAUAUGCAUCUUUUUGAUUCCUUUAACUCUUGCUGAAAUCAUUUUGCAUUAGAAAGCUAAAUUGUUAAACAUCUGUUUUAUUUUCUCUAAAUACCCCAGCUAGCUCAGUUUGCUUAAACACUCACCUGUUUUUGCAUUCACCUUUUCAUAGUAGCCCAAACAAAGAACAUUAAGGAUGAAAUUUUUGAUGGGCACAGGUUUUGAAUAUGUGCAAACUAAGCUCUGAGUGCAAACACAUUCAGAAGUAAAGCUGCUGAAUGAUAGAUUUUUUUUUUUUAUUUGGUGAAGGCAAUACUGUUAAUGUAUAUGUGUACUUUUUUUUUUCAGCUAAUCCUUGGAAUAGCUGGUAGUUUUGAAAUUGUACUGACAGCAAUACUUUGGAGCAGUGUUGUGAAUUAGACUAAAUUUCAAAUUAUUGUGUUGUACUUGUUAGGUUCUUUUUUUAGUCUUAAAACCAAGACAGCUUUAAAGGAUACAUUCUAAGUGCAAUAAGUUUGUUUUUUUUUUUUUUUUUAACGUGGAAAUAUAUACAAGCUAUUAAAAUGACAUUCAAUGAUUGAAGUUUUUUUGCACUAAGUGAACAUGCAGGUUUAUUAUAGGUCUUUACAGCUGUGUUCAGUUGCCUGUAGGAUAUAGCUCCACAUUUCAUUCAAAUAUAAAGAAAUGUCUUUAUGUCCUAUUUCUUGCUUAACAUACUAAACGUAUGACCCUAUUACUUAUGUAUUCUUAGGUGUUCUGCACUGUUUGUCAAGCAGGUAUUUCUGAAAACCUCUUUCUCUGAAAAAUAUUUGAAAGCAUAAUACUUUGAGAUGAAAACACUGCUUUUCAGUUUAUCAUAAAACACUUCCAAGUACAUUGUUCAUUUGUGGAUAUGGAUCGGCAAUGCAGUGGAAUACUUAAUCAUUCUUUAUUUCAGGUCUACUCAAUAACAAUAAUUUCUGUUUUCUUCUUUAGAAGUGUCAUAGCAAAGAGUAAACUAAAUGUGAUCUGAAGACAAAAUGCACAUUUAAGUGCAUUUUCUUAAUUAGUAACAAUACCUGUUCUUUACAUAAGCCACGGAGGCAUACUGUUUUAAAAUCAUAACUUUUAUUUUCUUUUCUAUUUUUAUUAUUUUUUUCCCAGUUAUAGUAAAUUGCUCAGAAAGCCCAUGUAUGUUUGUGAUAUAAAACAUUAUAUUAGCAAUACUAUUGCAUAGAAUGUUUAUAUCUAUCAACUUAUAAAAGUUCUGUUAAAAUAAUCAUGCAAAGCAUGCUAAUUAUUGGAGACCAAAGCUCAUAAUUUUUUCAUAUUGCAGAAUUUCAAUCCCUGCUUUACGUGAGUGAGUUUUAAAAGAAUUGAAUCUUAAAAUGUUAGAGGUGCAUGGGAGGGACUCGGAGGUGGGAAAAAAACCCCAAACCAAUCUGUAAAACAGGUCCCUUUGGGUUCACUGGGACUUGUGCUUCUGCACCUCAUGAGUACUUCUAAAACUUUGAUUAAAAUAUUCAUAGUAUUGUUAAUUGACUACAAAGUGCUGCCUUCGCUACAAAAAUGAUGUUAACAGCCUAUGCUGUUGUUGUCUGAAGUAUUUCUGUAGAACAUGUUACUCAGUACUAUCAUCUAUUUGGGCAAUGCAAAAGGUGUUAAGUGUGGUAAAAGCCUGUUGUUUCCUAUUGCUUUGUUAUGAAAAAAUAGUAUUCAUCACAGAUCUUACAUUUCAUGUGUUGUAGUGUUGAGUUUUUAACCAAAAACAAGGCUGCUUUUUAGCACUGAUGCAAUUUGAAAUCAUUGUGACCAGGUAUCUUGAUGUAUUUGUGGCAUCUUCCUGAUUUGCUGCUCUGUUUCUAUAUAAAUUAUCUGGGAGAGAAUAUAAAGUAAUUGUUGUUAAGUUUUAGAAAUAAUACAGAAAUAGUAUGGAUUAAUUAUUGCCAUACCCUUUAAAAACAUACCUGUACAUAAAAAUCCAAACUCUCAUAUUUGAGUAACUAAAAAUGUAAAUUAUGCUCACAAAUAUGAAAGACACAUUAAAAAAAACAAAAACAAAAAACCAAAAAAAACCCCAAAAACCAAAACACACAAAAAAACCCCCAACCCCAAAACAAAACAAAAACCAAACGCAGAGACUUUAGAAAGAGGGUAUGAUGAGUGAAUAAUUGUUCAGGAGUGAUUACUAUGUUAAAACCAGCUAGUGACUGGGAUGUCAGACAAGAGGGAAACAGAGUUUAGGGGUAAGGAAGCUAUGUUGGUGUGAUGAUGUUGGAAUAAGGAACCUAUUUCUGAAGCCUGUGCUUGUUUAACAACAAUGCUAAAAUUGGAAAGGCUUCAGAAAAAAAUGACUUUUCAGGAAAGGUAAAAAAAAGUAAAUUAAUGCAUGAGAAUUCUGUUAGCAUCUUUACCGUUAGCUUGUAUGUAUGGGGAAAAUGUCCAAUAGAAAAUGUUCUUUAUUGGACAUAAGCAUAAGAAGAUUGUGUUCUAAAGCUAGGUAAGAUGUAGGUUAAAUGAAAGUGAAGUUCAGAUUGUUAGCGGUGAGGCUAACCAUUGAGAAACUUACUUAGAGAUAUAGUGGAUUCUGUAUGCCCUGAGGUUUUAAAAAUAAGCUUAGCUGUCUCCCUUUAAAAAAAACUAAGCAAAACCCAGCCGAACCCCAAACACAAAAAACCCAACACAAAUAGCAACUAUUUAGUACAUUUAUGAAAAAAUGAUUGAAUAAUGUAGAAACAGUUGCUAUCCUGAAAACUAGGAGAGAAAAGCACUGAAUAGUCAAUUUUUAUUUUGACUGAGUAAAUGUAAAUACAUUUUUGUAACAAUUUAAUUUUUGUUACGAAAACCUGUUCAUGGGAAACCUGCUGAACUCAUAUUUUGAUGACCUAAUUCAUGCCAGAUUUAAUCUUGUUGGGGAUAGAUUCUAAAAUUAAAAUACUAGCUUAGUUCAAGAAAACCCUUAAAUCAUUCAGAUUUAUUCUUCUCUUCAGAACAGUUCAUAGAGUACUUUUCAUAGACAUUGUUCUCCCAUCCUAUAAACAGAGUCAUCGUCUUUUUUCUGUUAAAUGUUCUCAGGGUGAGCUUCAGAAGAAAUUGGGUAGAAAGAAGUUCACUUAAAAUGGCAGUGUGAAAUUUCCAGUCCUACUUGAUGCUGUAAUUGAAUACACCAGAUCUUGAAAACCAAGACUAAUUUUGAGCAAGGGGCUGGUUUUGUGUGUGGCUGACACUUACCUCUUUUCAGUAGGUAUGAGAUCCUUGUAAAUCUUAAUAUAGCUGUUCAGCAAAGAGUCUUAAAUAAUGAAAACCCUUCAGGUUCUUAUUUACAUCUAAGCUAUGCAACAAUAUACAAUGUAUAAUUAAUAAAGUAUUGUUGGAUUUAUUCUGGCUACAUGUUAGAAGACCUGUACAAGUCUCAAACCAAGACUUCAAGUUAACAUACUCUUUGUUAGAAUUUCUUUCAUCCAGAUCUUUGUCUGUUCAGCAUUAAUGUUUAAUUUUUUUUCCUAAGUUUUUAUUUUCAGUGACCAUUUAUGGACCUUCCUAAAUUGUUCACUGAGCUCAAAGAUGACAUAGCCAUUCUGUGGCCAUCCUUCAGGGUAUAUUCAGGAUCAGAUGAGGUAGACAACUGACAUUUUUCUCCUUUGGCUCUUCAUGCGCAGUGUGGGCAUAUACAUUCCCCACUUCCCUUUGGAGACGCUGGAUUGUCAAAGCUGGUGCACACUAUAUUGGAUAUGUAUAGUACUGUUCAGCCUUCCAUUCUCAAACUUCUUCCCUGCAUUGAACCUUUGAAUAGCCAUAGCCUGACAGACUAGGCGAGAUUUUGUGAAGUGGGAGAUGUGAGGCUGGAUCAGUUCACAGGAGUGCUGAAGGCAGUUCUCACACAUACUAGAUGAAUGCUUUGAUCGUGUGCUUAUGAUGUAAAAAAUGAACACUACCAUUCCAAAACAAAAAUGCCCAGCUCAGUUCUUUGCGUCAAGUAGUACAUGCCAAAGGGACAGAAGAUGCUUCCUUGGAGCCCCAGAGGAAGUACCUACGGAUGGGAAUCAAUACUACCAUCCUUAGAAUCAUCCUUAGGGGUGAGCUGGAGCAGCUGGGUUCUCGUGGUGCUGACGUGGGGCAGCGCCCUGCUUCGCUGCUUGCUGCAUGGGAGCCCACGUAGAGGGGCUCAGCCGUCCUCUCUGAGCUGGGAGCAGAGGUGCUGCCUUGCCUGGGGCCCGGGUUCCCCUCUGGGGAGCUGGAAGUGUUACGGAAGCUGACUUCCAGGCAUCUUCACUCUCCUGUUGGAACUGACCCUCUGAUAUGAAGAGCAUGUGUACGUAUGUAUAUAUAAAUACAAUGCAUUUUGACCAGGGCAUACACAAACAUUCUGCAUUUAACUACAGGAGCUGUAGCACUGGAAUGUGGGAGACAGCUGAGGAAAAAGUAAUUGUUUUCAUUUGUGUGUUUCACUGUUGACAAGCACAGCACCGUUACCCUUCCAGACAGCCAGUGAGUUUCUAGUCGUGUAAACUUUUGUCAUAUUUCUGGUAUGCCUUUUAGUCUUACAUAUGUAUAUUGUGUCAACAUUUUUAAUGUUUCAGAACUGCAUAUGCUAAGAUUAGAGUGAUUUUAUACUAAAAUGUGUGCUAAUAUUGAUAACACUGACAUGUUUAAGUAUCUUUAUAGACAUCAUCUUUUGUAUGUUGUUUUUGAUAUUAAAGGAUAUACCUUUUGCUAGCCUUAACUCCCAUUCUUUAAAGUUCUGCGUUGUUAGAAGGGUAAGAAAUGAAUGUCUAAUGUUUUUCAUGGUGCUGAAGUAACUGUGAUCAGUCUCAAAUUAUUCAGAAUAAAGAUGGUAGUUCUUAAGUG